UGUGUGAGCCAUACACCAAAGAGAAAACUAUUGAGAUGAGGAAAAAACACAUAGGACCAUCAUGCAAAGUAUUCUUUGCAGAAGAUCCAAUAAAGAUUAUACGUGCAAAGGGACAGUACAUGUUUGAUGAAAAAGGAGAAAGAUACCUCGACUGCAUAAAUAAUGUGGCUCAUGUUGGGCAUAGUCAUCCAGAGGUGACAAAGGCUGCAGUGAAGCAGAUGGAGGUAUUAAACACAAACUCAAGGUUCUUACAUGACAACCUUGUCCAGUUCGCUCAACGUCUGACUGCCACACUGCCUGAGAAGCUGUCAGUUUGCUACUUUGUUAAUUCUGGGUCAGAGGCAAAUGACCUUGCACUUCGUUUGGCACGACAGUACUCUGGCCACUUUGACAUAAUAACCCUUGAUCACGCUUACCAUGGUCAUGUGACAUCUUUGAUCGACAUUAGUCCAUAUAAAUUUCAUCAACUUGGAAAGGAAGCCAAGAAAGAAUAUGUUCAUGUGGCUCCAUCACCUGAUACCUACCGUGGAAUGUACAGGGAAGAUCAUCCAGACCCUGGAGCUGCAUAUGCUGAGGAAGUCAAUAACAUCAUCAAAGAAGCUCACCAAAAUAAUCGCCAGAUUGCUGCCUUCAUUGCUGAAUCCAUGCAGAGCUGUGGAGGUCAAAUUAUCCCACCACCUGGCUACUUCCAGAAAGUGGCAGAGUAUAUACAUAAGGCAGGUGGAGUUUUCAUAGCAGAUGAAGUUCAGGUUGGAUUUGGCCGGGUAGGAAAACACUUCUGGAGUUUUCAACUGCAAGGUGAACAUUUUGUGCCUGACAUUGUAACCAUGGGAAAACCUAUCGGCAAUGGACAUCCCUUGUCUUGUGUUGUCACGACCAGAGAAAUUGCAGAAGCUUUUGGAGCUACUGGACUGGAGUAUUUUAACACAUUUGGAGGAAAUCCAGUUUCUUGUGCCAUUGGAUUGGCAGUGUUGGAUAUUAUUGAAAAAGAAGACCUGCAAGGAAAUGCUACCAGAGUGGGCCGCUAUCUGACGGAACUGCUAGAGGAGCAGAAAGAAAAACAUCAGCUGAUAGGAGAUAUCAGGGGAGUUGGACUGUUUAUUGGAGUAGACCUGGUGAAAGAUAGAGAACUGAGAACUCCAGCUACAGCUGAGGCUCAACAUAUAAUAUAUAUAAGCUAAAAGAAAAAAGGAUCCUGCUUAGUUCUGAUGGUCCACACAGAAAUGUACUGAAGUUCAAGCCUCCCAUGUGCUUUACUAAAGAAGAUGCUAAGAUGGUGGUUGAUGCUAUCGAUGAACUUCUUACAGCAUUUGAAAAGGCAAUGGGAAGCAAAUCAAGUGUUUUGCCUGGACAGAAAGGAAACAAAAGAAAAGAAGCCAAGAACUCACAAGAGAGCACAAACAAUUCACAUGCUUGCCGGCCCCAGGAAAGUGGUUUUCGCUCAGAGAAUAUUCCGAUCACAAGUAAAAGAAUUAGAACAAAGUAG